AUGAACCGAAUGUAUGACGAAUUCGCUCAUCUCUGGCCGCUCAUCAGCCAUCACUCCGACUACGAAUUCGAAGCCGAACACUGGCAAGACGCUUUGACCGCCGAACUAGGGCAGGGCAGGUUGCGCAUCCUUGAGCUCGGAGUGGGAGGCGGCAACAACCUGCACCACAUUAUAUACUCCAACUGCGAUGGGCGCCCAUCCCGCGACCUCGCCUGCAAUGGCGAGCACAUGCUGCAAGACCAACCUGCUCAUGAUGCCGUUGUCGUUGACCUGUCCACCAAAAUGCUCGCAAACUGCAAAAUGCUUAAUCCCUCCGUUCGGCAACACAUCGCCGAUAUGCAGACCGUCAGAUUAUACGAAAGAUUCGACGCCAUUCUGAUACACGAUGCUGUCUGCUACCUGAUCAGCGAGGAUGACAUCAGGGCAACCCUUGCCACCGCCCGCGAACACCUCGCUUCCGGCGGCGUCCUCAUCAUGGCGCCUGAUUGGUACAUCGAGAACUAUCCUGGCACCCAAUUGAAUUGUCGCAUCAGGCGCGACAUCACGCCUGAGUUCGCCUCCAUCGAGUAUGACCACGAUCCUGAUCCCAGCGACAGUACCCUUGAGUCGGUGUUCAUCUACAUCAUUAAGAACGAAGACGGCAGCGCAAGAGUCGAAGAGGACCGCCAUAUAACCGGAAUCUUUUCUAUCCGAACUUGGCUCAACCUAAUUGAGCAGGCGGGCUUUCGUGCCAAGCGUCUGCCGGAGGUUAUUGUUAUGGCAAGAGAACGAGGCGACGUAAUCAUCGGAGACGGCAAUAUCAAGUUUGGACUGGAGUACCGCGACCUGCUCAAUGAUCAGGGCGUAUGCCUCCACGCAUUGGGCGAUGUUGAUGGCGAAGAGGUCGAGUUGCUGCGCUUCGACUGCUUCGACCACCAGCCGCACUACCACUACGGACCGGAAAAGCGCAACACCCGCCUUAUGCUCGAUAAGACGACGGAAGGCGACUCGCUCGACUGGACGCUGAAGCAGCUCAACGAGCAUCUGCCUGAAAUGGUGCGCCGCGCGGGAUACGAUGAGCUUGCGGACAGCAUCGACAUGGAUAGCCUGCAGGACGCGCUCGCCGAGACUGAGAGCACUGCGAAGCAAAUGGCUGUGGAUGGUCGCCGCACUGUAACGCAUGACCGUGGCGAUGUCAUCAUCGAGGCGGGACCCGUGCGCUUCGGCAUCGAGUUCCGUGAGCUUAUGAACGACAGGGGAGUGGCGAUACACGUGAUGGGCGAUCUGGGCAGUGACGAAUAUGAGCUGCUCACAUUUGACUGCUUCGAACGCGCGCCGCACUACCACUAUGGCCCGCGAGCCAAGAAUCAGCGUCUUUACCUUGACAUGACCGCCACGCCGGAUCCGCUGAACUGGGCGCUUGGCCUGUUCAAGGGCGGCAAGCUCGCGUCAAUGCUGGAGCGCGCCGGUUACAGCGAUCACGCCGCAAGGCUGAACCCCGCAGUGCUCGCCGAAAAGGUGGCCGAGGUGGAGCAGGUCGCAACAGAGAUGCAGGCAGCCAACGCCAAGUAG